GCAUCGAACUAUUUUCCCGUUCGAUCUUACGGCCAGUGAUAAUAACAGUGAUAAUCCUGGCAAUAUUAUCACUCAACGCGAUCAUCGUGAAGCUCAUCUGCAUGAGCAAGGCGAGCGAGCGCGUCGUGGACGUCCUCUCGGAGCAGCUCCUCAACGCUACCUUCUCGGAGAUCGAGGCCGCCGCCCGCCACUUUGCGCCCCUCAACUCGUCCGCGUCCAGCCUGGCGCGCACCCUCGGCUCGUCCCUCAACGGCACGGAGCUCUCGUUCGACGAGAUCCGGUCCCGCGUGGCCCCACCCCUCUUCCUCUCCCUCUCCGUCCUCCCCCAAGCUUCCCGCGCUUCCUACGCUGGCAACGACGCACUCACAUUCUCCUACUUCACCGACAACGACAAUACCUUUGCCGUUUUCUCCAAUUCCACGGCAUCAUCGUGCUACGUCCAGCCGGUCAACCGGGACACGGGCAGGCUGUACGGGCAACCCGUCUCGUGCGCCCCGACAGCCUACGCAAACUCGACUAUGGGGGCCUGGACGGAGGUGGAUGAAAAGGGGAACCUCCAGUUCGUGUACGGGGCGGCCAUGGACGGUCGGGGAUACGUGACCGUGGGUUUUCCGGCGGUGGCUGUGGCGGGCCACUUUUCAGGGCUCAAUUUCAACGGCGGGGAUUUCCACAUGGCGACGGCCGACGGGCAGGUGGUGGUCGGAAGCAAGCUUCGGGACACGCGUGUGGACGUGCGAAACGGGACGGUCUCGGUGGAGAUGGUGAAUGCAAAGGGUGAGGUGGUGGAUAAGAGUGGGUACUAUUCUUGCGAGGAGGAGGGAAGGCAGUCGAUUCAUUUUCACGCAAGGAUUAAGGGGACGGGGCACGUGUUUUACUGCUCGGCUCUUCAGAUAGGUGGGAUUCCAUCGGUCUACGUGCUGACCUUGCCCAUAAGGGGAUCGGAGGGUUUGGCCCACGAGAACCGAGCACUCAUGAUGACACUCCUCCUGCUUAUAUUAGUGAUAAUAGUGGUGUCCGUGGGGGGUUACGUGAUCACGGCCGUGAGGUACGCCCGGCGAGAGAUGUUUCUGUGUGCUGCACUCGUGAAGCAGAUGGACUCGACUCAGCAGGCAGAGCGCAAGAGUAUGAACAAGAGUCUCGCGUUUGCCAGUGCCAGCCAUGAUAUCCGUGCCUCGUUGGCUGCCAUAACCGGCCUCAUUGAUCUUUGCCUUGAAGACAAGAAAAUCCACUCUAAUAUUGCUGCCAGCUUGGGCCAGAUGAAUAAUUGCGCAACAGACCUCUUAGGCAUAUUAAAUUCUGUUCUGGACACAAGUAAAAUAGAAGCUGGGAAAAUGCAACUUGAGGAGGAGGAAUUCAAUGUGGCGCAGCUUCUGGAGGACGUGGUUGACAUGUUCUANNNGGUUGGGAUGAAAAAAGGCGUGGACGUUGUGCUCGACCCGUGUGAUGGCUCCAUCUUGAAGUUCAGCAAUGUCGUGGGGGACAAGGGAAAGCUCAAACAGAUACUAAGUAAUUUACUAAGCAAUGCCACAAAAUUCACCUCCGAAGGCCACAUCUUGGUUCGGGCUACUGUCAGAAAAACGAGCAUAGAGAAUGAAAUAAUUGCUUCCAAUCGGAAGAGCAUGCUGAGCUGCCUGUCGAGAAUGUGCGACAAGAACAAGGGAAACCUGAGCAAUCUGGAGAGCCUUCACACAGUUCAAGAGAAUCCUGAUUCCAUGGAGUAUGUGUUUGAAGUUGACGAUACCGGAAAGGGAAUCCCGAGAGACAGACAGCGGUCUGUUUUUGAAAACUUUGUUCAGGUUAAAGAGACAGCCCAAGGACAAGGCACUGGUCUUGGACUAGGAAUUGUUCAGUCCUUAGUUCGUCUAAUGGGGGGCGAAAUCAAGAUAGUGAACAAGGAGCAUGGCCAAAGGGGCACUUGCUUCAGAUUCAACGUGUUCCUCAUUGCACGCGAUCGUGUCAGUGGCGAUAUAGAGGAGGGUAUGAGUUAUGCUAAUAACGAUGACGGUGACAUUCACCGUCGUUUUGGGAUGCACUUCCGGUCCGUGCCUCCGAGGUCGGAUGCAUCCCACGUCGUUCUCUAUAUAGCUGGUGAGGCCCGCCGAAAAAUAUCCAAGCGGUUGAUCCGUAGCUUCGGCUUCAGGGUCCUUGCGGUCAAAAGAAGCGUGGACUUCCACCGAGCACUCGAGAGGAUAAAGCAAAAGUCCGACCCCACACCGUCCGGGUCCUCUCCCGAGACCUUCUGCGAGCCGAGCCCGAAGGAAGAACGCUCGGGCUCGAGAAGGCUCCCGAGCUCAAUCCUUGUUGUCAUCGAUGCAACUGUGGGUCCCGUCUCGGAGCUGUUGGCAGCCCUGGCCGGGUUUAGGAAAGAGGUUCAGAAUGCGCCGUGUAAGUUCGUGUGGUUGGAGAAUCUCGUGAAGCAAAGCAACUCUUUGGGUGAUGAGAAAAUGAUCGGGAGGCUUUGUGAUCAUGUCCUCAGUAAACCACUGCAUGGAUCCCACCUUUAUCGUGUUCUUGGUCUGCUCCCUGAAUUCGGAGCUGGUUUACAAUCCACCAGCCUUCUCGGAGGAAAGACUCAAAUAACGGAAGAUAUUCAUUUUUACUCGCAAGAGAGCAAGAUCCAGCCAGCCGAGGUGAAAAUUGUGAGGGCCCCAGAGAACGAAGUAGAGCGGGUGCAGAUUGGGGGUGACAGUAUCAAGAAGCCCUUGGAGGGAAAAAAUAUUUUGGUGGUAGAAGAUGACAACACAUUGCGCAUGCUGUCGACGAAAAUACUUAGCAAACUCGGAGCAAAUAUCCAAGUUUGCGAGAACGGAAAAGAAGCUCUGGAUUUAGUGUGCCAGAGGUUAAAAGAUGGAGAGGAAGGCGGUCUUCCCUUUGAUUGCAUCUUCAUGGAUUGUAAGAUGCCCGUGAUGGACGGAUUUGAAGCAACAAGGUCGAUCAGAAAGGAGGAGCAAGUGCACGGAGUCCACAUUCCUAUUGUAGCUCUAACUUCGUACUCAGCAGCAGAAGAGAUUAGUCAGACCAGUAAAGCCGGGAUGGAUUUCCAUUUGGUGAAGCCAUUAAGGAUGGAUGAUGUGUUGAAGAUGAUCCAAGACCAUUCCUUCUUGUAG